UUGAGAGACAAAAGCGAAUUCGAUUGACCACUAAAUUGGCAAAAUGAACUUCAAAGCGAAUAUGUUUAUUGUUCUGGUGGUCUUCUGUACUUUCGCCUUCAUCGACGACGUGCAGUCAAAUCCUUCCGUUGACCUCUUCGGCGGGUUCGAAAUCAUCUCGGUGUGCAUGACCAACUGUGCCCAGUGCAAGCGCAUGUACGGAACAUUCUUCGAUGGGCAGCUGUGUGCCGAAGCGUGUCUCGAGUUCAAGGGCAAAGUCAUUCCCGAUUGCGAAGACAUUGGGUCGAUUGCCGGUUUCCUGAACCGGGCCGAGCUGAAGAAAUUCGUUUAGAAUGUGGGACGAUUCGUUGUGUAGAGC